CGCGGUUUCUGAACCUUGUUCGCUACAUACCUAAUAAUGGUUCGAGAACUAAGCCUAGCUUCUGACCCUGUGAUACUGCAUAUAUGGUCAUGCCUGCAUAAUUAUGCAUACAGUGAUGCUCUUUUUGCAGCUGAAAGGUUGUAUGCCGAAACGCACAACAGUGAAAGUUUGUACAUGCUGGCGACCAGCUUAUAUAAAAUUGGUCGGCCCAGACAGGUCAAUAAAUUGCUCAAUUCCGCCAAGUCCUUACCACCCAAGAGUCGGUACUUGCUAGCUAGAUGCUAUUUCGAUAUUGGGUCACUUACGGAAGCUGAAGAAGCCCUAUUAUUAACUGGUCUUUCUUCAACCUCAUUAGAUGAAAUUAUAAAUGUUUAUGAAGAACAAUCCUGCUAUGUACUAUUAUUACUUGGGGACAUCUGCAAACGCCAAGGUAGAGUUAGUGACGCCGUUGCCUACUACAAGAAAUGCCUGGAAGUAAAUCCUCUUAUGUGGUCUGCUUUUAAAAACUUGUGUAACAUUGGCGAGUAUGUUGAUCCUUCCUCCACUUUCCAAUGUCCAGAGGAAUUGUGCCUCAAUACGCCUGCGUAUGCUGUUGUACUAGACAAUGUGCACAGUACGCAUUGUGUUAAUGAUAAAGCUGCUCGAGAAAAUGUGAAUCCUCAACUAGCAUCUAAUCAGUCGUCUCUGUCCUCUGCUGACUUUGAGGAAAGUGCCCAGGAAUCGUAUCAUGAUACAAAUCAGCUGUGUGAUUUCCAACGCAAUUUUGUUUCCUUCUGUUCCAAAAGUUACAUUGAAGACUUGGCACCUUCAACUAAGUCCGUCGACCUUCAUACUCCAGACGAAGUUGUUCCUCUCGCUUUGUCUCCCAAAGCUCCAAAGGCUGUUACCGUUCGUUCCCCGGUCAUGCGGUCAUUGUACGGAAAUGAGACCUCCCGUUUUGGCUUACUAUCUUUUUUCCCACAAAGUCCUAUGUUUGCUUGCGUUCCCAUAUUUUCAAAGCUUUCUGGAAAUCAAACCGCUUGCCAAGAAUCAUUUCUAUCCAGCUCUGUACGAAUAGCUCCAAGUCAAUGUUUACCCGUCUGGCAGUUAGCUCUUAGUCAAAUUGACGAUGGUCAAAAUGAUACAGGCUGUCUUCGAAUACCCAAUCAACGAAACCGUACUUCAAGCGAUAACAGUGGAACUACUGAUGCCAGAAAAGAUCAGCAAAUCAAUGAAUUUGAAGGUAAUCAGAACACUACGGAUACUGCAAAAAUGCUGAAUAGUUCUGCGAAUACUUCUGUCAAGUUCAAUACACCUGUUGUUACUAGUCGCCAGUCUAUUGCUACACCGACCAGUGCACUUCGCAACUUAGUAUCAACUGCAGCAUCAAAACAUGGUGUUUUCAAUCAUGAAUCAAAUAGUUAUUCAAGUAAUAUUUCAUUAGUUAAUACUCCUAACUCGCGUAUUGAACCACCCUUACUACGUAGUGCUGUUCAACGUAAUGUUUGUCCUUCACCCAGUAUGCAUCACAACCGAGAUUCUCCGUUGGUACUUAGAUCGAAUUUGCAGUUUUUCAACCCUGCUUGUCAAAGUCCAGGCAUGUUAACAUCAUCUUCAACGCCAAGACCACUUUCAAGUCAACAAACAUCUACUGGAUGUCGAACUGUUGAAAAUACUACCUCUGCAGAGGUUAUUACUGGUGGGCCCCGAACAAGAUCUCAAGUCGCUGCAGCAGCAGCUGUAGCUAGAGCUUCUGGUAUACAGCGGAGAUCGAAUAGAUUUUUAAAAAGUCGAGGUCAUAAUCGCAAGUUAGAUCCUAAACUGUUACCACCAGAAUCUACAGAAAACUCUGUGAGUACACAACCGAAAGUGAACAGUCCAAACCUAUGCUCCACUCGUAGUCCCCCUAAAACAUUGCAUUCUUCUGCUAUGGAAGAUCCACCGGUUUUUGGAUGCACUAAUUACUAUAGGGUACCGUUGUCAGUUGAGACUGCAUCUGCAAAAGACGAUCCGCGUACACAAUCACUACAACAGUAUUUAAAUUUGCUUAGUCAACUAGGCAAGGCUUAUCAGAUGUUAGUACAACAUCAAUGGCGUUCUGCCACGCGUCUUCUUUUAAAGCUUCCAAGCUCUCAACUACAAACUGGUCGUGUUUUAGCUUGGGCAGCCCGCGCUUAUAUGGAUAAUGCAGAUUAUCAAACAGCUCACAAACUGUUCAGUGAAGCUCGUCGUUUAGAACCAUGGCAACUUUGUGGAAUGGAUUUCUACUCAACAGUAUUAUGGCAAAUUCAAGCGGAUCAAGAAUUAUCACAGUUAGCUCAUGACUUAUUGGAACUUGAUCGUAAUGCUCCUGAACCUUGGUGUGCAGCAGGUAAUUGCUUCUCAUUGCAAGGUGAACAUGAAACUGCUAUUAAAUUUUUUCGCCGUGCAUUACAGGUUUCACCUACCAAUGUUUAUUCUUGGACACUGCUAGGGCAUGAACAAUCAACUUUAGAAGAAUUUGAUCGAGCAUUGGCAGCUUUUCAAUUUGCUCUACGAAUUGAUCCAAGACAUUAUAAUGCAUUGUUUGGUAUUAGUAAUGUUUAUUAUAAACAAGAAAAAUUUGAACUUGCAGAAACUUAUCUAAUUCGUGCAGUCGCUUUGUUUCCACAAUCUCAUUUACUUCUUGCUAAUCUUGCAGCUUUACGUAGUCGUCUAGGCCGAUUAGAUGAUGGUUAUGGUAGUGCAAUGGAUUUAAUUAGUCGUGCGUGUAAAAUUCAACCGAAUAAUCCACUUGCUCGUUAUCAUAAAGCUUCAAUUCUAUAUCAUCUUGGACGUUAUUCAGAAGUACUAUCAGAGUUACAAAAGCUACUUGUCUUGACACCACGUGAAGCUAUGGUCUACUUGAUGAUUGGACAUACAUACAAAAAGCUAGGCAAUACACCACAAGCAAUGAUUCACUAUUCUUGGGCUAUGGAAUUGGAUCCAAAAGGCGCUAAUACUCACCUGAGAGAUAUUAUGACAAAUCCACCAAUUACAAAUCGUACUUCGAAUCGACAAGGUACAUCAGAACCUGGAAUUUGUGGCGCUGGAGGUGGCGGCGUUGGCGGUGCUGGUAGUGUUGGUGUUGGCGGCGGAAGUAGUCAAACCAGUGUCAACAAUUCAGCUAGAGCACACCUAGGUUCAUUUCAAGCAGGUAUACGUCGUGGUAAUUUCGAAGAAGAAGAAGAAGAGGAUGAAAGUGGUGAAGAAGUGAUCGAUCGAACCUCGGGAACAGAUGAAGAAACUAUGAGCAGCAGUCUACUUCAUCCAUCACAGAGUGGAACACGCUCCAAUCUAGUUCGUCGAUUAACCGAUUUCUCUUUAUUGUAUGAAUCCGGUGGUGGUGGUGGUGGUGGUUUUGAACAAGAUUCUGUCAUGUCUGAUGCAGAUGAAGAACACUAUGAUACUAUGGAUAUAAGCAAUGGAGUGGAUAAUAGUAGUAGAACUGAACACAGUAUACCAGAUGAUUGAACAGCAGAAAGAAAAGGAAAAGCCAAAAAUUAUUCUCGCAUUUGCAAAUAUAAUAUAAUAUGAUAUAAUAUAUUAGAGUAUAUUAUUUAUUUCCAUCUCUGUUAAUUGUGACAAUGAAGCCCCUCAUCAUCUUUUAAUAUGAAAAGUUACUAAUCCAAGUGCAAAACAAUGUACACAAUCUAACAACUAUGUUUACAUUUCAUGUGGGAUCGCUAUAUAAUAUAUGAUGAUUAUUAUGAUUACUGUCCUUAUUACUAUUAUUAUUAUUGUUACAAAU